AUGGCACAAAUUAUUUUGUCGUCAACUUAUCAAGGGCAUCAUGGUUCACAUAUGACCAUCAUUCCUGUUGAUAUCUUUAUAGAAAUAUGUAGUCACCUACAUCCUUUAGACCUGUUCUCCCUCAUAGAAGUUUGUAAACAAUUUAGGUAUUGGUUGAACUCCGCAUCCCCGGGCACCCAGGGCAUUUGGCGAACCUCUAGACUAAAAUUUCUGCCAUAUCUACAGUUGAAACCAUUUGCUAAUAUGGAUGAGCAAUCUUACAUCAGAUUGGGCUUAGUCGAGAAAGGAUGCCAAUUCUGUGGGACACGAAAGGAAAAUUGUAAGGUUUACUGGAUGGUUAACCUUGCAAGCGAAUUUCUUCUUUCAAGCAAUCGUGAUCUCCCGAGUGGUGCGCUGUUACUGGUUGAUACGUCCAAUUGUUUACCCUAUCUUAGAAAGGGACCAGAAUAUGACUCGCCGAAAAUGUUUUGGUUUCGCGAUGUUAGAACGAUUUGUAAAGAGUUCAAAUCACUCACCCGGGAAGAUGCUGCAAUAUGGUUUAGAAAAAAGAGAUCGGAGACACACAAAAUAAUGGAGUACUCCCGGAAACGGAGACAGGACGAAUGUUAUUGGCUAAUUUCUCGCAGGAAGCAAGACAAAAAAGAAUUUGAAAAGAUCAUUCAUGAGUUAAGAGAGAUGCAACGUGACGAUGGAGAGUCAAAAUAUGUUGUUCGUUGGAUUUGGGAAUUAAAAUCGUGCACCAAGGCUUUCGAACUUUCUCGAGAACCUUACUUUGAAAAAGACUGGAUAAAUUUAAAAAGUGCAAUGAUGACGGAGUACGAGGAAUUAAUGAAACAACAGCGACGGAAACAGAUAUGCAUGUGCAUCCUAUCUUUAUUAACUGCCGAUGAUACGGCACGCACAUAUCCGGCCGGAAUAACAGGAAUCACCGGAUCAGAGAUAUCGGAUUACCGAGUUUCGGUGUCAGAUCCGCUUUUGGAGUGUCUAAGGUGGUGCCCAUCUUAUCAAGACCCUCCGUUCAUCAACAACGAUCCGAGAAAUCCAUGGAGCACCCAAUACCUACUUCUCGACUUGAUCCCUCAGCUUCGCAAAGAGGCCAACGAGUUGCACAAGUUACCAGGUCCGAUACGACCUGGAUCUAUUACCACGGUACUAGGAGCACUUAAUCAUGGAUGUUCACAGUGUGAAGUGUAUCGAUGUCAACUGUGUAAGGGAAGAGAUGGCAAGCAUUAUAAUUACCAAGGUAUUUGCUGUCAUUUGGGUUCGUAUCACAAGGUUUCCAAGGUGAUGGUGGAAGAGAUGGUCGUGGUUGAUAGAGAAAGAGUUAUAGAGUGUAUACCAAAGAUAUUCCCUUUCGACGGUAGCACCUCGGAAUAUUACCAAGGUUUUCGUCAUUGGCACGGUCCUUGGUCUUGA